UAGGCAACUGCCUUUUUCGCUACAAACUUACAUUUUUUAUAAAAUAAUACUAAUUUUUUUUUAAUUACUUUGCACAAAGUUCUGUAUUUCUUGUAGCUGUUUUGGGAAUCUUUUUUAGUGUGCUGUAUUCGACUGUAGUAAUCACCUAUGUAUGCAAAUGCAAUAGAUUAGUGGAAUAUAGUUUUGAUAUGGGGAAGCAUUUUCAACUAUAUAUUCAGUAUGACGCAUUCAUUUGUUUCAAGAGGGAUAUGUAUGUUUGAUGUAAUAGUUGCAACAUCAUUGUCUUUUAUAGUUUAAUUUUCCAUUGUCCAAAUCAAUGAACUUUAGCUAUUUUUUAUUUACUGAUUUUAUAGAAAAGUAGAGGUGAUUAAGUAAACAAAAGAAAGUUAAGUAAAAGGUGUUGUGUUUCAUGUUUUAUUUCACAAACCUUUUUUUUGUAAUCAAUAUUUUAUACCAAAUGAUUGAGCGCAUCCCGUUAUUACUUUGAAACAGCAUCGGAACGCAGUUUAUAUUCAAAAACACAAUCCUUUACAAUUAGAUACUAUAUAUAUACAUCCCUUUUUUAUGCUUUAUUAAAGUUUUUUACAAAAAAUGAAUUUUUAAGAGCUGUGUGUUUGUGAAAGAUCGUAGGUUUACUUCCCAUCUUCAAAUUUCCUAAUCGUCGUGCAAUGUAAUUGUCAUCGGUGCAAUUAUUUAAGUGUAAAAAGGUUAUUCACUAACUUUCAUUUCUUCAUUAGGUUCAAGACUGUUUCAUAAACUUCAUUGUAAAACCAGAUUCAUGACAAUGUAUUGAAGAGUUGGCAAUAAAUGGCUUGCAGUCUAAACAGCAGGUCACCCGUCUCUACGAUGUCAGAUACAACAAAACCAAACAGAGUAGCUCCACCAAGACCACCCCCACCAACCAUCUCUCCUCAGAGAACUCUAAACCAAACACCAUCUUCAGUCUCUCUCGGGGAAUCUCCUGUUUCCCCACCCAGAUAUGAAGAUUCUCAUCCAGUGCCGAUACGAAGGGGUAGCGAGGGUGAAGUUGAAAUGAGGAGAAGAAACAAACCAUCACGAAGACAAAGCACCCGUCGAAGCAUGAGGAGACGACAGCGUCCUGAAAUUACAAUCAUAUCUUCACAACCAAUGAAUCAACACCCUGCUUUUGCUGAUGGUGCAAAGGGAAGCCACAUUCCACCGGAGGCGCCACCAAGCUACGAUGAAGCGAUUAAAUCGACUCCCACUAACACCAGCGCCAUUGAACUUGAAAUGCCAGUUCCAGAAUCGGCACCUAGUCCACCCAGUAGAGUUCUGCCAGUUGAUUUUGUUAUUUUUGAUCAAGAGGAUCAUUCAGAGCUAAAUUCACGAAACCAAUCUUCAGAGACUGAACCCAAAGUUUUCUUCUGCUCUACAUCUGUGGAGACAAGGUUUUCUGAAAGAGUUCCUUAUAGAAGUACAAGCAGAAACUCGAACCAAAAUAAUAGUGAAGGACUCAAUGCUCAUGCUGAAACAGCAAACUCUGUUGUUGCUUACUUUUCACCAACUGGUUCAAGUCCAAACAAUUCCUCUACUCAAUCUGUAUAUGUCAGAGAGGGAGAACGUACUCCAGUCCCUACACCGAGAAUUAGAAGAAAGGUUAGUACAACACGUUGCACGGUCCAAGAGUUUCUGACCAACACAAGAGAGAACCAAGGAACCACUUUAGGCUCCACUACACCUGCUGUUCGCCCUAGACCCAAAGUCCCACCCAAGAGGCCUGAACUUAUAGCACGCUUCUCUGGUGCCCACUCUGACGCAGCAGAUACUUCAAACCCUGAACAUUACACCCACGUUGAUCUUCAAUUAGGAAGUAGUUUAUCACGAAGUGAGGAGGUCCUUACACAACCUUCACACGUCGAUAUGUCCAGUCACUCACCAUCAAGCACAAAUGAUGUGUUAUCCCUCUUCGAAGAUGAUCUUCCAGGAAACACGCCAUCCCUUCCUACUCCAUUGCAAACAAGGAGGUUGCCUCCUCCACCUGCUCCCCCAUCAGCAGGACCAAGAAGACCACCUCCUCCUAAGCCUUCCCCAGUUACAAAUAUUCUAGAAUUUUCCGAGGACAUUGGUUAUGCGAGUAUCAAGCAUCCAAGUCCAGAGCACACUUUGCCAACUACUGAUUUUUCAAAUCUUCAAUCUGCGGUGCCUGUAAGCCCAAGCGUGGAUGAGGUGUUAGAAGAUUUUGGAUAUGCGAGUGUAAGUUUUAACAAUUCAACACCAACAAAGGUGGAAACACCAGAACCAGUGGAAACUGUGGUCAGUACUUCUACCAGCAAUAGCCAUGAUAACACACCAACAUCAGAUGAGUUUUUGUUUAACGCACCUACCAUUGAUGAUGUUUUGUCGUCAGAGUCUUCAGAAAACUUGGAACCAGUUUACGCAAAAGUGAACAAACCGCUGUCACCACCUAAACCAGUUCUGAAACCAAAACCUCGUACAAUUUUGCCUCAAAAUACAAAAACCACGCCAUCGUCUCUGGCCUCAAGUGAGGAAAAUCUUCUUCAGCUCUCAGAGCCUCCUCCAAUCCCAACAUCUCGUCCUCCAGAUGAGGAUUUUGAAGAAUCCAUAAAUGUUGAAAACAAAAAACCAUCUGCUGUAGAUAGUUUGUUAGAUUUUGGAUUUGCUUCCGAAUCUACCAUCACAUCACCUGUUGAAAAGACCCAAGCUACAAGUAUCCCAUCUAACAACAUUGAACCCCUGCAAAGACCUGCAGCACCACCCCCACCUGUUCCAAAAUCUCGUAGUGAGAGUGUGCGUCAACGUCCAGAACCACCACCGCCUCCAAAAGCUGCUCCUCGUAAGUCUGUCAGACGAAAAAACAUAGAAGAGGAUUCCUCAGUUUUUGAAAGUGAAGAAAGAACUUCAUCUGGUGACGUCCCAUUAAAACCAGUAAAUGUACAAAACAGAUGGGCGACUGCUUCCAAGACACCUCCACCCAAACCCAAAGCACCACCGCCGAUACCAGAAACAUAUCCUGUUGGGAAAUCUAAAGACCACCACACACCUGGUGCUAAUGCUAUCAUAAAGCGUGAAAAAUCGUCAAACAGUACCAACAAGGGCCUGCAACUUAUUCGCCGAAAAAGUCUUCAAUUUAAAGAGAAAUCAAUGAGAAUUUUCAAGCCUAGAACUAGUGUUGAUGGGAUGGAGAAAGAAAUGUAUCAUCAAGAACAACAAUCUACUGGUCCAACAGAAUCCACCCAGUUAUUGUCACUUUCUGAGUCACCGGAACCUACCAGAAAUAAAACAGUCACUGACACAAAUCCAAACCAAGAAAGGCGUAAACCAAGUCAACCACCACCGAGGCCAGCCAUACCAGCAGUUUUGCAAAACAAGAUAAAAGCGCAUAAGCAAACUGUUGAAAAUCUUCUGAGGUGGAUCUUUUAUCUUUUCAAGCAGAGGACCCUGCUUCCAACCAAAAUUCUAAUGCUCCUAUAAUUGCUGCAGCUCCUGUAAACAAACCAAGGGUAAAGCCAUUGAGACCAGCACCAGCAAAACCAAAACAACCAACCACUUUAGUUCAAUUAAAUGAACAAACCACCGGCCCUAAAGCAGUGGGAAGUCCCAUACAUCAUACUGAAACAUCAAAUGCUGUAACUA